GCAUUAACCCAUGUUGUCCGAAGGUCAUUACACUGCAUGCAAGCAUUAAAUUGUGUUCAAAAUCAUGGACAUAACCGCAGUAAACGCUCUUCCUUACGAGGAGUUUGUGAAUAUUUUCGGGAAUGUGGUGGAAAAAUGUCCGAUUAUUACAGCGGCUGUGUGGAGCAGACGUCCCUUUGUGAGCUUAAAUGCUUUAGAUGCUGCCAUUAAUGAGUUCAUCGAUACUCUCCCAGAAUCAGGUAAAGAGGGGAUCCUCAGGUGCCACCCGGACCUUGCGGGUAGGGACCUCCAGAGCGGUACCUUAACCUGGGAAUCCCGCGAGGAGCAGACAGGGGCCGGGAUGGACACGCUGAGCCCCGAGGAUGCCUCGCGCAUGGCGCGCAAAAACGAGGAGUACAAGAAGCGCUUCGACUUCCCGUUUGUCAUCUGCGCGCGUAUGAACGACAAAGCAAACAUCUUGCGGCAGCUGACCGAGCGGUGCCAGAACCAGCGCGCGGUGGAGAGAACACGCGGCAUUGAGGAGGUAAAGAAAAUAUGCCGCCUGCGCCUCCAGAGUCUCGUCCUCACUGACGCUCCGAACAAGUUAUGAAUCUAAAGUGGUGUUCAUGUGGGAUUUCCGUUUUGACCGUGAAACCACCUGAAAGAAAAGACUGCCACUAUUUCCAAACUUAAGGGUUCUCAUAUAUUCUUUAUUUCAAAGUUAUUCUGUGCUAUUGAUCCAUCUAACCGUAAAAAUUAAGUAUUCUAACAAUAAAAACAUGUGCAUCACUGAUUGAAAUGUUGAAACCUUAUGUAGUAUAUAUACAAGUGGACAAAUAUAUGGAAAUAUAUGCAUUGUUGACAUAUGCACUAUCAUAAACAUUAAUCCCGACUGUUUGUCUGGAUUUUAUUUAUUUU